UGUGUUUCUGGGCUGGAAUCCUGAGCCUGUGCGGUUGCCAGGGUGACGGGAAUACAACAUGGCGCGCUGACAGCUCUGCCGGGAGGGGUGGGCGCUGCAGCGAAGGCCUCAGCCUUUCCCUCCCGUCCCCACACCGCUGAGGAGCCGCAGGAUGAACAAAUAUAAACCUAUUGGUAAAAUAGGCGAGGGAACAUUUUCUGAUGUUCUGAAGACACAGAGUCUUAGGGAUGGAAAUUACUAUGCAUGCAAACAAAUGAAACAGCAUUUUGAAAGUAUCGAGCAAGUGAAUAGUCUGCGAGAAAUACAAGCACUGAGGCGACUGAAUCCACAUCCUAAUAUCCUUAUGUUACACGAGGUGGUUUUUGACAGAAAAUCUGGCUGUCUUGCCCUAAUAUGUGAACUUAUGGACAUGAAUAUUUAUGAGCUAAUAAAAGGGAGGAGAAAGCCAUUACCUGAAAAAAAAAUAAUGAACUACAUGUACCAGUUAUGCAAGUCCCUUGAUCACAUGCACAGAAAUGGAAUAUUUCAUAGAGAUGUGAAACCAGAAAAUAUAUUAAUAAAGCAGGAUACCCUGAAGUUAGGAGACUUUGGAUCUUGUAGGAGUGUAUAUUCCAAGCAGCCAUAUACAGAAUAUAUCUCUACACGCUGGUACCGAGCACCUGAGUGUUUGCUCACAGAUGGCUACUAUAGCUACAAAAUGGACAUGUGGAGCUCUGGCUGCGUUUUCUAUGAAAUCACAAGUUUCCACCCUCUCUUUCCUGGCUCUAAUGAAUUGGACCAAAUAUCAAAAAUCCAUGAUAUUCUAGGCACCCCUGCUAAGAAAACUCUUAAUAAAUUCAAACAGUCAAGAGCUAUGAGUUUUGAUUUCCCCUUUAAAAAAGGGACAGGACUAUCUCCACAUGUGCCUAAUAUCUCCCCCAAGAGCCUCUCCCUUAUGUAUGCGAUGAUAGAAUACGAUCCUGAUCAGAGAAUUGGUGCCCACCAAGCACUACAGCAUCCUUAUUUCCGAGAGCUGAGAACAGCAGAGAAGCAAGCUGUAACCAUGCACAGAAAAAUGAGAUUAGCAGAAAACAUGGUGGGACAAGAAUCUAUCAACUUGUGGUGUAUUUCAAAGGAUGGUAAUAGGCAGCACUCUCAUAGGAAAACCCAGGAGAAUCCAAUAAGACAUCAUGGACCUUCCUAUGCAAUAGAGUUGCCAAAACUGAAUGUUUCUGGAGUAACCAAGUUGACUUCUUAUCCUAGUCCUACAUUUCAUUCAGUUUUUACCACGCCUGCAACAAAUGGUGAAGUCCCUGUGUUACAACCUAUUAAAUAUAUUGGGACAAAUCACAAGUCUGAAAAACAGAAGGAACUUAAGUCUUCUAUGAAACAAUACCACUUACCCACUAUAGAAAGAAGAGGUGGAGAAUAUUGACCAGCUUGUCAAAUAUUUGGAAUGUAAGGAAAAGCAUGACUAUGCAGUGAAACAGAUUCAAUCAUGCUUUCUAUAUUAUUGUCAAAGGUACACCAAAAGCAAUAGUGCCUUAUAUUUUGUUUCUCUGAAAUGCUGCAGGAAAACACUACAAGACUAUUAGCACUUUGGUACUUUAUUUCUGAACGGUAUCAAUAUUUAUCUAAGCACCAUUUUGGCAGCUCAAAAUGCACUUUAUACUUGAACCCUUUUAAACAAAUUCGCUUUUUAAAAAUUUAAAAAAAAAAAAUGGAUAAUUUGGGAUUUUAGUUUGAGUGCUAGGAAUGACAUUUUGUAAUUAAGUUUUAUAUUAUAUAUAAAAUAGUUUAUGGUGUUAAGACUUGUUAAACUUGAUCUGUUCAUUUUGUACCUUUUUAACAGAUGAAAAUGUUAAGUUGCGUAGACAAUGUUGGAAAAUAAUUAUCUCUUGUAUUAGGUUGAUAGUUUCAAAGCUCAAGUCUUGUUAAUACUUUAUGGAUUAUGAUAUAAUUUGAGAAACACCUGAGUUUAGUAAAAUUAAAUAGUUUUAAUUACUUUUGAAAUUUGUAUAUGCAAAGGAUAACUGUACAGUUACAUAUCUGAUUCAUAAGCAAAUCUAUCGUUAUCA